AUGAAAUCUUCGGUGGAACUUGGUAAAGAAGCGAUUGAUUACAAUUUUAACAAAAAUGUACCGUUAAAGUUAUAUCUGAGUACAUGUGUUGUCAUAUUACAGAACGCUCAAUUGGCAUCACAGGAAGGUGAUAUUGAGAAAGCCUAUACGCUUUACCUGAAGUACCUUGAUGUUUGCAUGAAUAAAUUAGCACAGCACCCUCAUGUUCUGAAGCCAAUAGGUUCAGAUGAAGAGUUGUCAAAAAAAGAAUAUUUGCAACUAAUGAACCUUGAAGUUCCAGCAAUUUUAAAAGUAACGGAAACUUUAAAGCAUACCAUUGAUCAACGCUACGAAAGGUCCACACAAUCACUUGCAAAAAGUUUUGUACCGCAACAAACUUCAAAGGAAAACCCAUUUGCAACUGAAGAAGAAGAAGUUAGUGUAAUUGCACUACCUCCAUCUUUUGAUGAAGAAAGGUUUAAUAGCGCAAUUGAGUGGUUUAAAAUGAAUGGUGCAAUUACCCGCGGUAUACAGAACACUCUGGAGCAGCAUACAUUAUCAUAUCCAGAACUACCAAAAUUACACUUUUCAGCCGUCUGA